AGGCACUGAGUCGGGCAGCAUACCGGAAGUAAACAUUAGCUGGCUAAGAAACUUCAUGUUGGAAAUGUGUUAAUCCAUAUUAAUAUAUCAACACAAGUAUUUAUAUAUAUAUAUCUUAAGUAUGGAUCGAUUCAUGUGGACUAAUGGACUUCUUGAAAUGAACGAAACCUUAGUAAUCCAGCAGAGGGGUGUUAGACUGUAUGACGGAGACGACAAGGUGAAACUCGACGUAGGAGUCGUCCUCUUAAGCACACAUCGAUUAAUUUGGAGGGAUCAAAAGAAUCAUGAGUGCUGUAUAUGUAUACCGUUGUCUCAGAUCAUAUUUUUUGAGGAGCAGGCUGCAGGAAUUGGAAAGAGUGCCAAAAUUGCCAUUCACCUGCAUCAAUCUCCUGCUAAUAAAGAGCCUGGGCCAUACCAGCACAGCAAAUUCUCCUACAUUAAAUUAUCCUUUAAAGAACAUGGGCAAAUUGAGUUUUACAGACGUCUGACAGAGGAAAUGACUCAGAGGAGGUGGGAAAAAACGCCAGUGUCACAGCCAAUUAGUCCAGCAGGACUGCAGGCAGGAAGAACACGUGCAGUAGGUAUUGUUGGCAUUGAGCGGAAGCUGGAGGAGAAAAGGAAAGAGAUGGACAAAAACAUUUCAGAGGCUUUUGAAGAUCUCAGCAAGCUUAUGGAGAAGGCUAAAGAGAUGGUUGAGCUUUCCAGAUCCAUCGCCAACAAAAUCAAAGACAAACAGGGGGACAUCACUGAGGAUGAGACUAUUCGCUUCAAGUCGUAUUUGUUGAGCAUGGGCAUUGCCAACCCUGUAACCAGGGAAACACACGGCUCAGGCACACACUACCACAUGCAACUUGCUAAACAGCUGGGAGACAUGCUGCAGGCACCACUAGAGGAGCGAGGGGGAAUGAUGGCUCUCACAGAGGUCUACUGCUUAGUAAACCGAGCACGAGGGAUGGAGCUUCUUUCUCCUGAGGACAUGGUCAAUGCCUGCAAGUUGUUUGAGUCUCUGAAACUCCCUCUCAGGUUGCGAGUGUUUGACAGUGGUGUAAUGGUGGUUCAGCUGCAAUCUCACAGUGAAGAAGAGAUGAUUGCAUCUGCUAUCGAUAAUGUGUCUGAUAAGGGCUCCUUGACAGCAGAGGAGUUUGCUAAACUUUUAGGGCUGUCUGUUCUUCUGGCAAAAGAGAGAUUGCUAUUGGCUGAGAAAAUGGGGCAUCUAUGCAGAGACGACUCUGUGGAAGGCUUACGAUUUUAUCCCAACUUGUUCUAAUGUACUAGUCUGAUCAGUACUCAUUUUUCUACUGGACUCAUUUUCUGCUGCUCACACAGCAUCCUCCAUACAGAAGUGUUCACAUUGUACACUGGACUUGGAAUUGCAGGAACAUAUAACAGUGAGCAGUGUGUUAUUGGUGAAAGUUGGUUUUGAUUCUAAUUUUACUGUACUUACUUCUUUAUAUAUGGGCAAGGCUUUGGAGAAGGCAUGCUUUUCAUUGAUUGGCUUCAAAAAGGUUUGUAAAAUGUACUAUAAAACCUGAAUUAGGUUUCUAUGUAAUAUCUUAUAUCCUAAUACUAAACAGUUAUUAUAAACUUAUUUCUGUACAGCAAGUCCUUGACUGAGAGCCUCAUGAAUGAAACCAAAGGCAUACUGUACAUGUGUAUGUAUAUAUACUGUAUACGGCAAAUGUAUGUGACACUUGACAGUCUAACCCACAUACCAUUCCAGAUUUCUGUUAUAAAUAUCCUGUACAUUUGGGAAGGUUUUCCACUAGAUUUUGAAAUCUUUGUCUGUGGGCAUUUGUGCUUAUUCAGCCAUAAGUGCAUUAAUGAAGUCAGACAUUGAUGUUGGGUGAAAAGUAAUGAUGUACGAUCUGUUAUCUAUGGCAUUGUUCCAUGUCAAAGAUGUUCAGUUGUGUUCAGGUCAGGGCUCUGUGCAGGAUAUGCAAGAUCCUCUUUGGCCAACUUGCCAAACUGCGUCUUCAUGGACUUUGAUUUGUACACAGGAUAUUGUCAGUUGGAACAUGUUCAAGCCCCUUAGUUCCAAUGAAUGUGAAGCUACAGCAUACAAAGACAAUUCCAGACAAUUGUUGCUUCCGACUUUUUGGUGACAGUAUGUGAAAGAACCACAUAUGUGAUUAUGAUAGUCAAAUGUCAUUAAACCUUUGGCCAUAUAGUGUAUUUUUAAUCCUACAUAUCCUGUGUUAACUAAAUAAAGUGACAUUUCUUCCA